AUUAGUGGUUGGCAGUGUUCUUGACAUGGUCAGGUAUUGUUUAAGUUUAGUUCCAAUAUUAACAUGUCUAUAAAUGAUUAAAAAUAUUAAUUAAUGGGUACAUUAAUAUAUUAAGAUUAGGAAAAUAAAAAAAGGUUAAAAUGACAAUUGAAGAUGCGAUACUAAAACGCAGGACACGUCUUUCGGGUUACCUCAGGUGUCUUGAGUCAGGAAACUCCAAUACGUGCUUAAAUUUUCAACUUUCUGACCUCGAUCAUUUUCACGAGAUCGUCUUAUAUUGUAUAUGAUCGACAACUACUUUAUAUUGCGGAAAUAUCCAACAUGAAGUACUCGGUGGAAAUAUUGAUGUUGAUAUUUUGGAUAAUGUAUUUACGAUUUAUGUCUACAACGUUUGAUUAAAAUAUUCAAACUAUUCUUACUCAUUCAUAUGAAUAAAAAAAAAUACAAAACUACUUAGCUACGAUAUUUUUGUGAUAUAUGAAGAUAGUGGACAUAUACUUUGGCUAGUGGACUUUUACUACAAGAGAAAUAAAUCAGAAGAAUUAUUGUGGCAUGCAUCUGCAGAAAUGCCUAAGAGUCUCGAAAUUUCCCCUUAGCCCUUCUACUUAUUAGAUAGUAAAAGAAAUAAGACAAAAGGGACAUGCUCAUAUAUAGUAACGAAUUUGUAAAAACAAGACGUGUAAGAAUGCUAUUACGUGUAAAAAUGAAGAAAAAGGGUAUGCUUCAACAUGACUACUUUUUCAAAUUAUGAUUGGAAAUAGUUAUGGUUAAAACAGUAAUGUUUAAACAGCGAAACAAGUACGAGAAAAUAAAGUUAUAUCCAACUAAACCAAACAAACAUACUGGUUUGAGUUACGCCUGCUUUUGUCAACCGCAACGAACCGCAGGGAGGCUUAUGACGUGCUACGGGAUAGCGGAAGUAGAGAAGGAGAAACGGAGAAGUGCGACUGGAAAAUGCCUGGAUCGUUAUAUAUCUCCGUGUCGCUAAAAGGAUGAAGACGCGCACAUUAGCAAGUCGACGUAUAUUGUUGUUUGCACCAUUACAAUAUCCUGGGGUGUAAAAAUGACCAGAGACGUUGGCAUAGAAAAGAAGAAAAGCAGUAAAAACAGAAAAAGAUUGGAUAUAGUAAGCAUCUAACUGCGACACAAGUGAGAUGAGUAAUGAAACAGUUGCUAGCAGAGGUUCACUAAUCCUAGAGGGAUGGAAAAAUAGGGGAGAAAUACGAUCAAGAUUACUAAAGCUAAAAUCCAAGCAGACGGAGUUCUUGCGUGAAUUUGUAAAUAUCGAUGUCAGCUAUCCUAUCUACGUCAACUGGGCAAGUUGUACAGGUGCUUAAAUCAACAAGAUGUAAAUUCUACCCAAUGGGAGAGGAAGGAAGUAAUUAGAUGCGUUGUUGCGGGCUUUCACCUUUGAACUCUCGGGACUUUGUAUGAGGUUACCUCUACGUACUCUCAUAUAGUUGUUCGGCAGAACAGGAAACCUAGAGUCUUUAUCAAGACUCGGAUCGAUCAAAAAAUGGCAGAUCGGCCGAGAAGGAAUCGUUAUCUUAGCAUCAGUAUCUUGCAUGUCAUCACCGUCAUGUGUCAAGCAUUGACGGAGGGACCAAUGUUUGCUGAGCCUAUUCCUAAUGUGACAGUUGCAAUUGGAAGGGAUGCUAAUCUACCUUGUGUUAUCAACAAUCUUGGAUCUUAUAAGGUGGCAUGGCUGCAUGUUGGUCGCCAAAUGCUUCUCACCAUCCAUACACAUAUUGUAACGAAAAUACCAAGGUUCACAGUAUCCUUCGAUAAGCAGAAAACGUGGUUACUGCGUAUUCAAAAUGUUCAACAACAAGAUCGAGGAUAUUACAUGUGUCAAGUAAACACUGUUCCUAUGAUAAGCCAAGUUGGUUAUCUUCAAGUUGUAGUGCCACCAAACAUCAACGACUCGUUAUCUUCUGAGAGUACAGUUGCAGUAAAAGAGCAUCAGAAUCUUACAUUAACAUGUAAAGCAGAAGGAUAUCCAGAGCCUUCUCUAAUGUGGAGACGAGAGGAUGGUCAAUCAAUCCAAAUUGAUAGACGGAACAAAGUGGAAAAAUACAGCGGAGAGCAGCUUAAUCUAACUAAAAUUACACGGACAGAAAUGGGAGCUUAUCUCUGUAUUGCAACCAAUGGAAUACCUCCAACAGUUAGCAAGAGAAUAAUCGUUGACGUGGAAUUUCCUCCAACGAUAUUCGUGCCAAAUCAGCUGAUGGGUGCACCAGCUGGAAAGAACGUAACCCUGGUGUGCAACGUAGAAGCACAUCCACGAGCGAUAAGCUACUGGAACUUCAACAAUUCUAUGGUACUGAGCAACGAAAAGUAUACUAGUAUAAUAAGGGAAAGUAGCUACAGAACUGACAUGGAGCUGACCAUACGAAAUCUAACAUUCAGUGAUUUUGGAAGCUAUAGAUGCAUCAGCAAAAACUCCUUGGGAGAAACUGAAGGAUCCAUUCGAAUUUAUGAAAUGGCGCAACCUUCAUCGCCACCAACAGCAACGGAAAUCAAAAGCAGUGCAAACAAAGAGGGCAAGCAACCGAGUACACCAACACCACCUAGAAGACCAACGACGAUAUGGCCAGCAGCAUACAACCCUUAUCAUCCAAAAAGGACGGAACGGCCACCGCCUAGCCAAAAGGAGGUCGAGAGACCGGAGAGAAAGCUGCAUGGCACGAGCACAGGAAGCAUAUACAGCAUCAGGUGGAGUGCACCCCAGUUGAUGGUUGUUGCAGUACAGUAUAUUCUCACUGGACCUUACAUGCCUCCUUACAUGCCUCAGCACGUUAAUUAAGGCCAAAAUUAUCUUCACAUUAUCUCCAUCAUUUCUGCAUAAUUAUCCAUGGCUUUAUUCUAUAGCCCCAACUUCAUAACAACAUACCAAAGACUUGAAUGAAGAAAGUGAAAAAUAUAAAAAAUUUAUUAAAUAAAAAAAAAAAAGUACUUCCGACGAGUUUUAGUCGCAAGACAUUUUCUCUUGUGAUGAAUUUUUUAAUCCAUUUAAGAGGAUACUUUAUUAUAAUAUCAUCUUUUACUUCCUUUUUACUAUUUUAACAACUUUUUUUACGACUUUCUCGAAACUUCCAGUCAACGCAAGCUCUACAAUCAACAGAGAAUUGUAUCCGCGUGCAAGGUGGCUUACCAUGAGUCGGAAAUAUUCAUUAUCUAACAUAAAUUCAGGAAAUUUAGUCUGUGCACCGGUGUGACACACCCACAACACACAAGGGACAAAGAGUAAGAGACCAGAAGACAACAACUGUGCUAAAGAUUAAUGAUUCUAUUGUGAAAAAUGGUAUCUUGUCUUCACUUCACUCUACACUUCUAUCCUGAUUCUUGAGGCUUUUCAUGAGCUUGUAAGACUGUGAGUAAAAGUAAUACCAUUGCCACAUGUCAUUGAAUAUCUUUUUUUUCAUCAACUCAAAACUCUCGUGUCGUGUCUAUUCCUCAAUAUUCAUUUUUAAUUUAAAAUAAAUUAUCCAAUUGGAAAUGACAAAGUCAACAACGAAUUAUCAUCAUUAAUAAUAAUAAUUAAUAAUUUGGCAAAUUAUUAACUUGUUAAAUCCAGCGAAUAUUAAAUUCAAAUUCGGAAAAAAAUGAUUCAGAAUAAUAAUAAUAAUAAUAUAAAAUGUGUGGGAUUUUGGAUGUGUGUAAAAAAGGGUUGUAAUUAUGAGUCGGGACAAAAAAAGAGAAAAGUGCGUGUAUUAUACGCAUUAUAUUGUGCCAGACUAAAUCACCUUGUGCUAAUAAUUUUACAUUUUGGAGGUAUCAUUGCGUAAUCUAUGUAGUACCAGUUGGAUGGGGGAUUAUGUUAAGCGAUGCGUGAGCGACCACAGUCCAUGUUAAGCCAAGCGUAACAGAGAUACUACUCGGUGACGCUGUUAUAUAUCGCGGUGAUGCCACCGACGACGAUGAAACGCGCGUUUAAAGCGUAUCGAGCUAUACUCAUGACACGCAUUACGAUUAAUAAGCAUAAAAUCGAGCAGCGGCUGGAUUGCAUGGUGGAACAACCACGCUACGUGAAUUCUAGCAAUUUACCUAACACGUCUAUGGCAUCAACUGCAAUCACUGAAUUUUCGUAUUACUCAUUUUCAUUCCACUAUUUAUUUAUUUAUUUAUUUAUUUAUGCACACUGAUUAUUAUUAAGCUUCCCAU